CGACGAUAUAUAACUAAACAUACGGGCAUCUAAAUUCUUAACAACAUGAAAACAAUAUUGUGCGGUUCGUGCAGUUGAAGCGCAGUUAUAAGUUUUUCAAAGUCAGACAGAGUUUAAACCAUGAGUGACGACCGUAGACGAGGAGAGGAUGCUGACGGGGACGGGGGCCCUGGCGCCCUCUAUAUGCCAUAUGUUCAGAUGGAGGACCUCCUAGACAAACUGAAACUCAUGGACUAUGAGAAGGAGUUUUGCAAAGAGUUUGGGUUCAAACCAUUCUCAAGACACUACUUUGCUCUCCCCACCAACCCUGGUGAGCAGUUCUUUGCAUUUACUUCACUAGCAGCAUGGCUGUUCCGUAAGACAGGAAUGCAGUUUGAUCAGCCACAGGAAUAUGAUGACCCAAAUGCAACAAUAUCCAGUAUACUUGAUGCCUUAAGGAGUUUUGGUCACUCAGUGGAUUUCCCGCCGUCCAAGUUAAAGCAGGGCUGUGGAGAGCAGUGUAUCUAUGUCCUGGCACGAGCCUCAGAUGAAGCCUUGAAGAAAACAGGAUUCAGCUGGAAAAAACCUAUUUACCCAGAAGAAGAGCAAGAGGAGGAUAAUGUUGUGGAGGAUGAAUCUGAAUUAAAUCUUCAGAAAGUGGAGGAUGAAAUGAUGGCGGAUGACACUGAAGAAGAAUUUGAAGAAGAAGAACAUUUACUGGACUUGGGAGGCAUGGGGAUGUCUAAGGAUUCUGGAGAAGGAGGGAAACCGGAGGAGAUCAUGGAGUCCAACACUGACGCGCACGAGUGGAAGUUGGAGGUGGAGAGAGUCCAGCCUCAGCUUAAAGUCACAAUAAGGACUGACAAUAAGGACUGGAGGGUCCAUGUGGAGCAAAUGCACACCCACAAAGAUGGCAUCGAGACUUCACUCACAGAGACAAAGACACACUUAGACAAGCUCCAUGAUGAGAUCACGCGGACCCUGGAGAAGAUCGGCAGCAGGGAAAAGUACAUUAACAACCAGCUGGAGCACCUGUUGAAUGAGUUCAGGUCCAUGCAGGACCAGGCUGCCGAGACGAAGGAGAGGUACAGGCAGGGAAGUGGUGGGGUCACUGAGAGGACGAGGGUGUUAGCAGAGGUAACAGAGGAGUUGGAGAGAGUGAAGAUGGAGAUGGAGGAGAAAGGCAGCAGUAUGACAGAUGGAGCCCCCCUGGUCAAUAUAAAGAAGGCAAUAGCCAAGAUCAAACAGGACAUGAACCAGAUGGACAUUAGGACUGGUGUUGUAGAGCACAUAUUACUACAGGCUAGGCUUAAAGACAAGAAUGAUGGCGGAACAGGACUGGAUAAUGAGGCUGAUAGUGACUUUGAGUACAAGGCAUAUUGAAGACAUUAAGUUAUUUGGUACAUAUUUAGGAAGUGUGGACAUUUUGUCCUUUCAAAAGGAAAGGAAAGGGAAAAAUGAAAAAAAAAGUGGAAUUGGCCUUGUGAACCUGAGAAACUACACGUCAAUUGAAAAACUGAAAAUAAAUGGCUUUGAAGAUAUUCUGAAUCAGAAGAAUACAAUUUUUUUAGUUCAUUCAGAGAUACCUUAUUUGUAAUAUAUAUAUAUAUAUAUAUAUAUAUAUAUAUAUAUUUAUGACCUCUAAGGAUUUUUUCUUUUUGAGAAAGAGACUGGCGUGGGCUAAUCUAAGUAGAGAACAAGAAACCAGAGAACGUUGAUGUACAACAAUUAUAGCAGUGUUAUCAAGCUAUCUAAUGAGUAACACAAUAACAUCAACUUCAAAUACUCGGGGUCUCAUCGAAUGUCCAUAUCUCAUAACCUUCCUUAUUGUUUGUGGUAUUUGAACUCUGAACAACUUCCUUCUUUGGUGAGUCAUCUGUUUUUGUGUAAUGUGAAAAUUUCCUUUCUUUAUCAUUAACUUCUGUCAGUUACAUUUUCAAUGCAUUACUCAGUUUAUUUAUAUUAUAAAAAGCUCUUGAAGGCUAGAGUUCCCAGGCAAAAUACAACGAAGGUGCUGUCCCUAUCAGCUAGGAAGUGCAGGGAUGCAAAAUGCAAGGAAGUAGUGUUACUAUACUAUAACCUGGACUCACUCCACAUUAAGCGGUAUAUUUUUGCAAUACAACUAUCGGUACAUUUUGAGAGAUCGUAAUGAAGUUGCGUUACAGGAGGUUUACUCCCUUUCUUAAGUUCUCCGCUAGUUUUAUUUAGGUAACUCUUACGUAAUAGGUGAAUAGAUAUUUAUUUUUACUGUUUGCUAGCAGAAGGCAAUUGGUAAUAUUUUAGCAAAAGCAUGCGACGCAGUUAAUUAAACAAACAAACAAACAAACAAACAAACAAACAAAACAGUCGAUCAAGUGAACAGUCAUUUACUUUGCUUUUCUGCCUCCGAUGGAAUAGUCUGGCUGUUUUGAUAAAAACCAACAAGUUGUCAUUCUCUUGAAGUAUCGCUAACGUAUAUCGCUCUUUGUGGAAUGGGUCUGCACCACCCGGGUAGACCGCAACUUAAACUUCAAUGUGGAAAAGCUAGUGAGUCACGCCUGUCUCUUCUUAAACACUGUUCUCUGACAGACCAAAGAUGGAGUCUACGUCUUUUUUUAGACUUAAAAAAAAACAAUGUCUAUGUAUUUUUAAAACAAGUUAAGAACGUCAUUCAUUUCUUUCUCUGAGACGGUGCUUCUGGCAUCUUUACUUUUGACAAACUAGGAUAACAGAGCCAAAUAUGGCAUGAUAUUUAUGUACAAAUAGGCGUUAACCGCUCUUUCCCAAAGACUCAUUAGUGAGUGAUUCAUAUGAUAUGACUGCCAAUGAUUUGUGAUAUUUUUAUAAAGGAUGUGUCACCUUUCUCCCCAAGAUACGAUAAUAAAUGUCUAGACUGCUUUGUGGUUUAACGAAGAAGAAAUAAUGAAAUCUGCGUCGAGACACGUCUCUGUUGACAUUCCAUUUAAUGUCUCAUAUCCUUUUUCCGUCCUCACUGUUGGUGUAAUUUGUUUUUAUUAAAGAAGCGUUCGAUCUGUACUUGGAA